CCACUCCAAAUUUAGGCACAAUUGCUUAAAAGAUUAGUUCCACCCCGAGAUGCAUAAUUUUAAGCUCGAGUGUAUAAUAUAAAUUCCCACUCAAAAAAUACGUAUCCUCGACGGGCACCCGACCUUUUGCUUUUCCGUCCUUGCGUACCACCACUGUUGACACCGCUGGCGGCCAUCGCAAACACAAAAAAAACACCCAAAUUUUCAUAAUAGUACAGAUUAUAAAACGUUGAACAUUCUUAGGGUUUUUGAGACAUACCAACAAUGGCGAAUUGUGCGAUUCCAAACGAGGGUCUCAAAGAUCUUCUCAAACCCUUCUACCAGAGAGCUUCUGAAGCCGAGGAACGCCUAUCGAAACUCGAGCUUGAGACUUUGAUUUCGAGUAAGAAGGAAUUUCCUAAGGCUGGCGAUGAGGAAAGUUCGAAGAAGGUGAAAGAGUUGGAGUUGAAGCUGGAAGAAGUGACCGCAGAGUUAGCCGCAGAGAAAGAGAAGGUUGCUAAGCUCACUGUUGAGAAUGAUAAAAAGGACUACCGCAUGAUUCACCUUGUCCGAUCACUCAAAGAGGCUGAUCUCAAGUUGGAGCAAUUGAAUACCAAAUAGGUUAGACAAAGUACAAUCUCAAGUUACUUUGGUGCAACAAGGUUCUGAAGCGCAUUCCAUCUUUAGAAUUGGAUUGACUUCUGCGUAAUUUUUCUAGGAGUUUGUAGAAAUAAGGGUAAGGUAAUUAAACUUGAAGUUAGGCUGCACUUUGAAAAACUUUGAAUUGAUGACAUUGUGGAUAUAGGUGGGUUAUGGAUUUUUUUUUUUUUUUUUGACAGGAUCUUAAACUUCACAAAAAUGUGCAAAUUUUCUUAUGGUGUUGAUGACUAUGUAUGUUAGUAAUGCUAUUGUCCUCUCUCUUGGGGGUUCCAUUUGUAGUAUUAAGGUUUUAUUUAAUGGUGACAACUACUGGUGCACUUGUGGUUUUU